GCAGUGGGGUCUUCACGGAUUAUGCUGUUCUUCAUAACAGCGCUACAGCGAGUCCGAUGAACGCCAAGUACGUCGUGUACGAGAUGCCAGGGAACACGACCGUGGCGCAAUCGCUCUUUGGCUUGACGUCGACCUACCUGUUCGCCCUCAUGAGCGAAAGGGUCCUGCUAGUGCAAUGGACGGGUAGCGACGAGUCCCAGGGGUCCAACGACAUCGCUGCCGGGAAUUCUACUACUGCGGGAGAAAGCUCAGGAACCUCGGGCAGCACGAGCUCGUUGGAAGAAAUAUUCCUCGACCCGGGAUUUUUUUGGAGCUGGGAGCGGUUCGAGGACCGAUGGCUGAACUACUUCGGAUAUGCCGAGGAGGACCUUGGGUCCACUGUUGUGGAUGUAAUAGCGAAUUACAACAGCUUGGUUUGUGACAACCUCAAGAACUUCAUGGGGGACACGCAGUUUAUCAAGAUCACCAACACGGAGUAUUUUGCCCCGCUCCUGACGGUAAACCAGCACGCUAGUCGAACCGUCUUGGAAGAAAUUCCUUCGGUGGACACUUUCGCCAGCCUGAGUAACUGGCUCAUGCGCCCAGUGCCAACAGUGACGGCCGCUGUGCGUCGUUUCAGGGAGCGCUACUUGGAAGACAACUACGUAAUUGUGAUGGAGAUGGACGUGCUUGCUGAUUCAACUGGUGGAAGUGGCAUGUCGGCUGCACAGCAGCAGCUCUUCUUCAAAGAGGCCAGUGAUGCUAGCUACCGUGCCAAGGGAAACCUGACCCCGGACCAGCAGGGCAUCGUCGUGCUGGUGGUGACUGAUGACGAGGAAGGACUACAGUCACGAGUAGCAGACUUGGGGCAGGACAGCUUGGGGGCGGCGGGGGUAGUAGCCAUCACAGGGCCACGAGGCUUCGGCACGACCCGCAUCUUGACGGAGCUUCAGCAGGCGUGGCUUCUGGGAUACGGGGACGUGAGCAUCGUCUCACCGGCUUCACCAAUUGGUGUUUUGGGGCAUGCACGGAUGAGCGUGUCGCCGAUUGUGAUUUUGGACAGCCACACUGCCCACCAGUCGACUUCUUCACAACCCUGUCUUGCUGACAUCGGGCGGGUUCAGGAGGCCAGCUGCUUCAGUUCAGCUAUGCUUUCAAGGCUGAGCUACGACCCCAAUGUGCCCUGCCUUGGCGACCCACCCACGACAGUAAAUAGUUGCAACGCGGCGAGAGAUCGUGCUCGAAAUCUACGGCUGGAGCUGUGACACUCUCCCUCGUUCAUGUGUACAAAGUGACGUGUUUCGUGCGGCUGUGACGCGUGCGUUGUGUUUUUUGUCGUCAAAGUUGGCCGGUCGGUGUGCGUGGUGUCUCGAGUGCAAUGUGCUUCAUGUUAGCUGGGUUGUGCAUACAAUACGACGUCGUCGUUCACCCAUGUACAUUUAACACU